AUGCCCCGUUCUCGUCGUUCUCGUCAUUCUCGUCGCCCAAGUUGGCCAUUGCGUUCGGCCCCUUCAGGUCUAUCAGGAACCACCGCAGUAUCUGAUGGAUCAAGAUCUGGACCAAGCUCUGGGCCAUCUACUGCAUUCUCCCGUAUCUCCCCCAGCAGGAUCAUCCAUGACGGUCCUCCUCGAAGUCGAUCUCCUAGCUCCGGGCCAUCUACUGCAUUCUCCUGUAUCUCUUCCAGCCAGACCAUCGACGAUAGCCCCCCUCCAUCUUACCGAAGUCCCAGCUCUUCUGCCUCUCCCAGCACGGCCAUAGGCGGUGGUCCGGCUGCACCUUCGGUCACAGGCGGAUCGCGAGUCAUCAGACAUAUGUCCGACCAAGAUCGCCCUUUCAGGAGGUUACCCGGUGAGCGUCGAAAUGGAACGUCGCGCCGCUCAAGGAACCAACCUGCCGUCCCCAGCGGCCGAGCCCCCUCUCACAGAGCAUUCAGACCAGCUACUGUUGCACCGUCUGUGUACAUAGGACAGGGAGGACGUAAUCCUGCGACUACCGUGGCACCCAGGGAUUCUGCUUCCCAAGUCCCUACGCGUAUCGAGAUUCGUUACGAGCCGAGGAACAGACGAGUACGUAUAGAACAUGGGCGCCAUGAGUCCCCAAGUGUCGUUCAAGUCAGUCUUGAGGGUCACGAGUAUGACCCGCUCACAUUCCCGCGGGUUACAGAUCGAGGCGACGCUCAAAGGAUACUGACACAGUUCGAUGAGCGAUUCAACAGCUUCUACGAUGAAAUGAACCACGCGAGAUAUGUUGUCCUACAUGCUGGGGGUUCGGAGUUUCCUAGAGCACUCGCCGAGGACAUGGCUGCAAAGCAUUACCGCGUCUUGCGAGCUCAGCUGGAAAGAGACUUUUUUUAUAUUUAUCACCAGUCUCUACUUCCUGCAUCGCAGAGUUCCCCAGAGCAAUCGUCGGGGGCAUGGUAG